AUGUGUGGGUCUUCUAGACAAGGGGGAAGGAUUGGGGACUCAUUCUCACAGUUCCGGUUUGUCGAGGAGAAAGAGUGGGAUGGUGAAGUGUCGUGUCCAAAACAGAAUUCAGCAUUUUAUUUGGACUGUGAAUCAUUGGUCUGUGCCCUUCAAGAACUGCCCCUCUCACUCCGCCUCAAUGUUGCUGCUGAAUUGGUCCAGACUGCUCUCCCUUUAGAGCUUCCUCAGGUAAAACCAAAGAGAAAUGAUGAAGGCAAGGGACCAGGGAUGCAGUUAAAAUGGCCCUUGGGGCCCGGAGGCAAGGGGUCCGUCUCUGAGCUGAAGUCUGUUGCUGCUGGCUGCCCCAUGUACCUGGGUAAAGAUAGCCCAAACCCGGGCCCCACGAAGGGUUCCCAGGAACCCACGGCCUCACUGCAGUCAGCAGCAGGCCACUUGGAGGAGGAAUUAGAUCUGCUGCUGAGUUUAGAUGCGCCUGUAAAGGAGGGAGAGAACAUCUUCCAAGACCAGACGUCUCAGGACCAGGAGUCUGAGAAAGAUGGGGACGUGGCCCCAGAAGAAAAAGGUCCCGCAGAGCCCUCUGUGACGGAAGGAAAGAACACGGAACCAGAGCAAGCAAGUACAUCAAAAACUGUUACUGAGGAAGAGCUUGAAGACUGGUUGGACAGCAUGAUUUCCUAACAUAAACAUGAAAAAAAAAAAAGUGCCUGAAUCAAGUUUUGGUUGCCUUGCCAGUAAGGGCAGGCCCCAGGCUAUCUUUCCAGAACAGCUGGUUUACGAGUACACCCCACGCCAGUGCGCUCCAUCACGCUUGCCGCAGGAUAGCCUACCUCUACGUUCCGCAACAUCCGAGACUGUACCUUUAAGAGGCUCCUUGCAUUUGUUCUCUGGCUUAGUGAUCUAACAGAUCCCUUAAGGGCAGGGGAUAGUAGGGCUCUUGUUUCCAGCCUCCUUCCUUUCAGUGUUUACGGCAAAGCAGGUGGUGCUGAUAGAAUAGACCCAAGCAACAAGGCAUGCCAUUGGCCAAAAUAAAUGAACACUGGUGUAUGGACUUCC